AUGAAGAUCUACUUCUCCUUCCUCGCUGUACUUGCUGUUGCUGAAGGCUAUUCGAAGCCAGAUGGUUUCGAGAUUUGCGGCGUUGUAGGUGGACCUCAUGGCAAGGCGUUUGACGAUACGCCCCUAAUACAACAUGGGCAAAAAGUGACGUCUGUCACGAUAUGUCAAGGUCAUCGCUUAGAUGGCCUCGGCAUUAAUUUCAACCCUCCAGAUGGCAUGUCACAAGAUCCGUUUCACGGCAGUAAGAAAAACUGUAUGACUCAUAACUUGGCUUCGGACGAGUACAUUACACACUGGGAAGCGCAAACUGUGAAAGCCGACGAUAAAACGAAAAUCAGCUACAUCAGACUCAUGAAUAACAAGGGAGUUUAUUACGAAGGAGGUAAAGAGACGAAGGAUGAGACCAAGAAACAGGGUUGCGAUGCCCCCGAAGAUUUUCAACUUGGUGGAUUCCAAGGACGAUCAGGGCAGGAGAUUGAUGCGGUUGGUCCUAUCUGGGUAUCGCGAUAUCCUCUUAAACCUACCGAACCGGAUAAACCUGCUCUACCGUAUCAACCGGCUCAACCAUAUCAACCAGCCCCAGUUAAAUCUGCUCAACCGUAUCUGCCAUAUCAGUACGAUCAGACCAAGCAAACUGUUCAAACCGUUCAGUCAGCGCCGAAUCUUGGUGUAAUCCAGAGUACUUAA